AUGAAUACACGUUACCUAUCUCGUGGAACUCGUUACUCGGCUUACAUUGUGUUCGAGACGGUGGAUAAAUGUCCUGGCUUGGCAGAUUUACCAGUAGAAGUCGGAGUUAGAUUGGUGGGACAAAAGAUUCGUAAACAACUCAUAUAUUUUGAUGGGUAUAUGGAUAAUGAUUCUCGAAAAGAAAGAGGAGAAACGAGAGAUGUAAUGAAACCAAGCAAAAGGGAAGAUGUGUGGAUGGAAGCAGAGCUUGGAGAGUUCUUGAAUGAAGAAGGUUGUGAUGAAAUUGAGUGUAGUGUUAUUGAGAUCAAGUCUCCUUAUUGGAAGUGUGGUUUGAUUAUUGAAGGAAUUGAAUUCCGACCUACCAAAAACCACUAG